UUUAGCUCUGUGAUUACAGUAUUUAUACCGUAGCAGUUUUGUAUACCAAUUAUUAUUGCUGUUGCCUCGCAAGAGCUCGCAAUGGGUGUUCCAUCACGACUGGCGGUCUUGGACACAGGCUUAGAGGCCAGGAAGCAUUGCAAACUAUCAGGAACUGUCGCCUUGACUACUGGAAUAACGCUCGCGUACCAGGUCUACGAGCUCAAACCGCAGCAGCAUGAGCUCAGUAUGCAAAUCGGCGCAGGCGUCGAGGCUCCAAGCAGCAGCACAGAGGAACCAAAGGACAGAGUAAUUAUGAUUAUGGGAUUCGCGUGCACCGGAUCCGCCUGGCUCCCCUUACUGCAAAACCUCUUUUCGCGGGAGCAAGGGGACAGCAAAGAGGCUAGUGGACCCCCCACCUCUGCUGCUGCUGCCGGGCUGGAGAUUGCAGUGUACGACAAUCGCGGCAUCGGCUGUAGCAGCUGUCCGACGCAAAAGUCAUCGUACAGUACAGACAUCAUGGCACAAGACGCGCUAGGACUUAUGGACUAUCUGGGUUGGCGGCGAGCUCACGUGGUGGGGCACUCCAUGGGCGCCAUGAUCGCUGCCCGGCUGGCUGUUGCGGCUCCGGAGCGGGUGGCGAGUUUGACGCUCAUCAGUACGACAGGCGGCGGCUCCGAAGCCAUCCCCCUCAACCUGCGCGCCCUCAGGGCCGCCUGGCGCGGACUACUGGCCUCGUCCGCCGACCCGCACACGCGCGCCUCCGUGGACCUCACCUUCCACUUCGCUCCCCAACUGCUGGCAACGCAGGACCCCCACAGCGGGCGGCGGGUGAAGGACGUCUUGAAGGAGCAGUACGUGUUGGGAGGCAAGGAGCACGGUCCGCAGCCGCCCCACGGUCAAGAGGGCCAUGCAAGCGCCGUACUGAAGCACGGUGUUAACAGGCGGGAGUGCCGUACGCUAGCAACGGCUGGUUUCCCCAUCAAGCUGAUCCACGGUUCGGAGGACAUCGUGGCCGCCCCCCGCCACGCGGCCCGCUUGGCUGCCCGCUUGGGGGCGCCGCUGGUGCUGCUGCCGGGGGGGGCGCACUUCAUACCCCGGGACUGUGCAGCGGAGAUUGUGGACGAACUGCUUGCGACUGUGGAGGCUGUACGACAGGGCUUUACCCACGCGCCGGUCGUACAUCGUACGGCAGCUGCCGGUUCCUCCUUGGACGAUGCCGUGUCGUACGGCGAGGUACGGCAGCCUCGCUUUGGGGCGAGCUGGUGCUGCAUGUGCUGCAGUGCCUAAUUUGGAGCUGCUGCCAGUGGUGAGGUCAUUGCCGCCGUACGUCGCAUUGUCGUACGGCUGUUCAGAUGCCGUACAAUAACAUGUAUGGGUUCACGCCAUGCGUACGGCAGCAGCAGAAUUGUUGUGGGUGCGAUUAUCGUGUAUGUUAUGGGUUGGUGGGAAUAUGUGUGAGCUGAGCGGGGGAGGAUCGACAUCUUCUCGUGGUUUUUAGUACUAUAGCUGUGAAGAUGUGAUAUAUUUGCUCCAUCCUUGUCGGGUUAUGUACCGGAAUGUCGGGUCCUGUUUGAUUGUGUGUUCUUCAUUAUGCUUGUUCGGAAGACCGGAGAGGGUGGAUGCUGCUGGUGUGCAGAUACGGUAUAGCUGGCAAGGACGCAGGAGUCGUAGCAUAACGUGCCGUGGCCUCCUUCCCAACCUUGUGAAGUCCUUAUGAAGUCCGUCUACGCACGAGUGAAGUAAGUAUUAGACUGAUUGGAUGAACGAUUUAAGUAUAAACGCUGGCAUGUAUUAAUGCCGUAUAAAUGAAUGAUGAAGAUACUCGUUGAAGGCUGGCGGUGGUUGGGAUGGUGAAGGUUAUGAGCAUGCAUGCAUGCAUGCGUGCGGGGGUUGUACCUCUUGUAUACGGUUCCAAGAGGUGGUUUGUGCAGAUCCAAUACGUUAGUUUGUUAGUGGCAUAUAUGGCGGCCUUGGCGCCUCAAUGGAGACAUGAGCGGCGGGUAGCGAUGGGUGCAAUAGGUACCUCUUCUUGUGGUUCCUGUGAUCAUACAUGUGACAG